GAGCAGCAGGAACUUCUACCAACUCAAGAUGUCGUGGCGCUCGUCUUUCCGGUGCUCAAAGUUUCGCUACGUCUUCGGGAAGCCAGCGACCAAAGAGCACAGCUACGACGGCCUGCCAAUCACAAGAAGCGUCCAUGACAACCACUACUGCUCAGCCAAUCCCUGCUUCAUCGCCGUGGUGACGGAGUGCGCCGGGGGCGGGGCCUUCCUCGUCCUGCCCAUUCAUUGUUUGGGGAGAGUAGACCCUCACUAUCCGAGGGUUUGUGGUCACAGCGGCCGAGUUCUGGACGUCAAAUGGAAUCCGUUCAACGAUUAUUGCAUUGCCUCUUGCUCUGAAGACUCCACUGUGAAGAUUUGGGAUAUUCCAGUGUGUGGGGUCCAACAGAACCUCACCAAGGCCAGGAAGACUCUGACGGGCCACAGCAGGAGGGUGGCGAUCAUUGAGUGGCAUCCAACUGCAGAGAACCUGCUGCUCAGCUCGGGCUACGACUACAAGGUUCUCCUCUGGGACGUGUCCCAUUCCGGUUCUGUUAUCAGACACCCGGUCCGGGUGGUUCUGAUGCCCGUCCACCAUCGCUACCCGUCCGAGGCGCUGCUGCUGUCCGUCAGCUUCAACAUGGACGGCAGCAGACUGGCGGUCACAUGUAAAGACCGGCAGAUUCGGGUUCUGGAGCCGCGGACCGGGAAGAUCCUACAGGUUUCCAGCAACAAGACACACCGGGCUAACAAGGUUUUAUACAUCAGAGGGAAGAUGCUCCUGUCCACUGGAAGCUCGCCCUGGAACCACAGACAGAUCAUCCUCUGGGACCCAGAUGAUUUAUCAGAGCCUCUGUAUGAGGAGGAUCUGGACGGAUCUGCAGGAGUUCUCUUCCCGUUCUACGAUCCUGAUACACAGAUGCUCUACUUGGCUGGAAAGGGGGACGGGAACAUCAGAUACUACGAGCUGAGCUCUGAGAAACCCUACAUCAGCUUCCUGAUGGAGUACAGAUCGCUGCUGCCACAGAAAGGACUGGGUGUGAUGCCGAAACGCGGCCUGGAUGUGAGCGUGUGUGAGAUCUUCCGUUUUUAUCGGCUGAUUGCCGUCAAAGAUCUGGUAGAGCCUCUGUCGAUGAUCAUACCACGGAAACAGUCUGAGGUUUUCCACCAGGAUUUGUAUCCAAUGACGGCUGGAAACCAGGCAGCUUUGACGGCUCAGGAGUGGCUGCUGGGCAUCAACAGGGGCCCGGUGCUGAUGUCCUUGAGGCCGGAGGCUCAUGUGGAAAACCCAUACGCUGAAACUCCUGUGGAUAAAAACCAGUUGAGGCAGCUGAGCGCCGUCAGGCUGCAGACCAACACACACCUGGACUUUAUAGAAAAGGCCUUCCUGGAGGAGCAGCUGGCCUAUCAGGACGCCAAAUACCCCCGAGAGCUGAGCGACCUGUCGGACUGGCAGCCGGAUGACACGGACGGGCCGCUGUGGUUCUACCGCUGCACGCCGCACUGCCGCGAACCGGCCGAGGAACCGCCGCCCACCACCGAGAGCGAGCUCCUGCAGGCAUUUUACAGACAACAGGACGAGAUCAGAGGCUUGAAGGACGAGCUGCAUCAGAAGGAGGUGAGAAUCGCGAAACUGGAGCUGGAUAUAAAGAACAGGAGCAACCUGAGGGCGACCUUCUGACCCCGUCAGUUAUUCACUCUGACCUUAACGACAUGGAAGCUGUUUCACUUUUGCUCCGGAAACAAAGAACUGUUUAAUUUAUAUGUAUAAAAAUUGUGAAAAUAAGAUUAAAACUUGAUAAUUAAAUGAAAUUUAAUUAUCAAGUUUAAUAAACAUCAGUAUGUUAUGCAUGUUUGUACUAA